AUGGAGCUGCUCAUCUCUCAGCUUUGGGUCGCGUUUCAUCAGUAUGGUGAUGAGGCCCAGCUGUGCGUCUUGGCCUCUGGCCAAAAAACUGGUGAAAACUUCACCAGGCUGGGGCUGGGUGGUUAUGCCUAUUCAUCCGACUUCUGUUGUUUUGAUCAUGGUGGAAUUACUUUGUUUGCAGUGAUUACUUUAAUUAUGGAUUCUUUCAAAAUUGGAUACUUUGUUGGAUUUUCAAGUUGCCUAUCAAUCACAGAAGGUAUUUUUCCAGUUACACAUGCAGUUCAUACAGUUUUGCAGGUAUAUUUUUUAUGGUGCCACGCAAGGGAUAUUAUCCAGUCCUUCAAAACACUGGAGAGAUUUGGAGUAAUCCAUUCCGUGUUUACCAAUUUGCUGUUGUGGACCAACAGCAUAUUAGCUGAGUCAAAGCAUCAGCUUAACGAGCACAAGGAACGGUUAAUUACUCUUGGAUUUGGGAACAUAUCCAUAGAACUGGACGAUCAUGCACCACUUUGCAACUGCACCUCCACCACCCUCUGUUCCAUAUUUUCCCAAGGAAUAUACUAUUUGUACCCCUUCAAUAUUGAGUAUCACAUUUUAGCAUCCACAAUGCUGUACGUGGUCUGGAAGAACAUCGGGCGCAAAGUUGAGUACCUUCAGCCACAUCAGAUGCCGUUCAGGUUUCAGGGCAAAGCAGUAGGCACCAUCUUAGGUCUCGUGAUAUUUACUGCAACAAUAGCCGUUGUGGUCGUUUAUCUCAUUCAGAUUGGGCGCUCAAAAAUCAAGAGUGAGCUAGCGCUUACGAUGUUUUACUUGUAUGCCAUCACAGUACUGGCACUCAUGUGUGCAGCUGGCGUCACGGCACUUCUGAUCUAUAGACUUGAAGACGAGUCACUGGAUAUUUCCAAAAAUCCAGCUAGAAAACUUGAUGCAGACCUCUUGGUGGGAACGGCCUCGGGCUCCUGGAUUCUUUCUUGGGGCUCUAUUCUUGCAAUUAUCUGUGCUCGGUCCCACCCGGCCUAUACGUGGUUCAAUUUGCCCUACUCUGUACUCGUUAUAAUUGAGAAAUACAUUCAGAACCUCUUCAUAAUCGAAUCCAUACAUCGUGAGCAUGACAAGAUUAAUGAAGACAUUAAAACCCUUCGAAUAUUAACAGUGUCCAGCGGAAGCAAUCUGUCCCCUGCAGCUUCCUACAAAGAAAUAUAUAAUGGAACAAACGGAGAGUUGCCAUCCACGUUGUAUGGAAACGGCCGUCCACCUGAGAGCAGUUCAAGUUGUGCUUUGGCUGAAAACAUCAGUCAGAGCAAGAUUCCAGCCCCUCCGUCCUCUUCAGGUUGCCCAUUCACUUGGAGAAACUUCUCUGUCAACAGCAAAAGAAGUAUCCUGAAGAAUAUUGCCGUAUUUUUGUUCUUGUGUAACCUCUCACUUUGGAUUCCACAAGCUUUUGGUUGCCGCCCUGAAUAUGACAAUGGCCUCGAAGAAAUGGUUUUUGGAUUUGAACCUUGGAUCAUUGUGGUGAAUCUCGCAAUGCCCUUUUCCAUUUUCUACCGGAUGCAUUCAGCAGCCUCCCUCUUUGAGGUCAGUUGCAAAACAUGAAUUUUUAAAUUACAACGGGAAGGAAGGAUGAAAGGCUGGGAAGAUAAAUACACCAUCAGGUAUUUGACCAAAGAAGAUCCAAGAUCAUUGGAAUGAAAUCAUUUGACACCUCUUCAGUCCCUCAUUGGGAAAUCUAAGCAAACAUUAAGGCAUCUCCUUAAAAGCAUUAAUACUUUUGUAUAGCUAAUACACAGUUAGCUGCAGAGCUGCAGAUUUUAAGAGAAAGAGAUGAUUUGGCCCUUACAUGGACAUGCAUGUUACCCCCCCAUAAAUCCAAUGUGUUGCUGCAGAAGUCCAGGAAAAG